GUUUGUUGCGAGCUGGAAUCUGUGGGGAUGCUCCGCUAGCUCAAAUCCAGCAAACGAAGCAUUACGCGAGGCAGAUGACUACUGAACCUCGUCAUACUCAGAAGUUGUUGGAGCUCGAGAGAUUCCCAAACCGACGGAGGCUGAGAGGAAGUGCAUAAAACUACGAAUCGUAGGAGAGAGGAAGAUCAUUCUGCUCAGACGUGGGCGACGCAGGAGAUCAUUCAUAGUUUUCAUACAUAGGCUGGUAAAUUGGAGAGCUUCCUCUGGGUCGACGAAGCAGCAGAUGUUUUGAAGGUCCGGUUUUGAAGGCCUGUCUGACCGACGACGUGAGGUGAAGAAUUUGUUCUGCAGUAGAACUCGCAGGAACUCAACAGCAUCGAUCGCAAUGCCCUUCAUUCCGUGCUGCAUCGAGUGUGGGUCGCAUGCCAAUCCAUGCAGGUGCAGAAUAGUGGGACCUACGAUCGGUUUCGUUGCAUUUGCUUUAGCUGCCGUUAUCGAGUGGCCUCUGGGUGCUGUCGUCUGGUGCUUCAAGCAUGCGAAGGGCCGUAGGAUAAUGGGACACCCAGCUGCCGUGGUCUACCCGAACGUCUCAAGCAUCUUCCCCAUCUAGGAACGGCGUAUUUCAUCACUCGCACUCUCUCUCUCUGUGACUCAGAAAACUCCUCGGGCGGCUUCGAUGACAGUAUACAUGUCGAAAUUUUCUUACUACUCCCCCGGACAAAGGAUAGUUAAAUUUUUUAUUUCCUAGAUCGAAUUCAUUUUCAUUGUGUGUAAAUCGAUGUGUAGUCGACAUUCACAGUCGAGUCCUCCAUAUACUGCGGCUCCGAGUCAGGACGGACUCUAUACAGAAAUUUGUACUCGGAAUCGAACAGCCCAUUGAGCUGUCACUUAGUUUCUCUUUGAAACUUUCCUUCCUUCUGAAUGGAAUGUCAUGUCUAGAUGGUAUCGAUGGGAUCAUGAAGCUGAACAUGCUUUUGAUUUCAUGUCCAUCAUUGAAACUCGUUCCAUUGCUUACUGUAGAGCGGUUGACAAUGAGCGGUAGAGCGGUAGAGAGUUUUAAUCAUGAACUUGGAGUUUAGAUGCGCUUCUAGUACCAAUACCAGAAAUCAAAGGAGGGAUUAGAGGAGGUUAUGAGACUCCAUCGUUUAAUCACACUAUCAUACUAGACCACGGAAAAUAAGAUGGAAAUAUAUUGAUUAGUUUUGUUACUUUCAAACAGUGGUCAAUUCUG